GACUCAAGAAACAAAAACCUAAUUCCGCCGUAACUGAAAUUUCAUCACGAAUUAAAAAAAGAAAACAAACAAUUUAAAAAUUAACAUUAAAGUACUCAAAAGAUACGCGUUUUAUGUUAAUUUCUUACUUAAUAUUCAAAUCAUACUCCCCAACAAAAUGACUCCUGUCGAGGAUUCUCAACAUUCCGAAGAACUAUUGGGCAGUGAAGAAAACUGCGAAGCUCCUGCAUCCAGCAACAGCAUAAUUCGCAUAAGAAAUGUUUCUGAACUCAACAACGACAGCAAUGAAGCCGAAGCAAGUUCCUCGACUUCAACUCCACUUAAAAGAAGGAUUCUGCCGUCGUGGAUGCUUAGCAAACCGGGAAGUUCUGCAAACAAGAAGAAGAAAGAUGAAACCGAACAACAACCAGAAAGCACAGUCGCAACUCCUUCCUCUUCAAACCCAAGAGUCCAAUUGGAAAACCGAGGAGAUGAUUCAUCAAACCAAAAUGAAUAUCAGAAUACAAGUGCUGACGCUGACGAGGAAUGCCAAGCUCCUAGAAGUGACGAAACAGAAAAUGGUCACAGCGAGGAGUCCCAAUCAGUAGACCAAAUGGAAACUAAUGCAGAAGACGAUGACAAUAGUGCCUCCACAAGUGCUGCUUCCACAUCAAAUCAAAUUCCUGCCCCAUCCGACGUCAAAAUUAAAGUUGAACCAAAUAAAGAUGAUAAUGAGGCGGUUGGACAAAUCACUGUCACCCACCCAAAGGACAUAAAACCAGCAAUUAAAGUCGAAAAGGAAGAAGCCACAUCCAGCACAUCAAGAGUUUGUUGCAAAUACGGAAUAAAGUGCUACCGCCGAAAUCCAAUGCAUAGACAAGAAGAAGCCCAUCCAGGCGACACAGACUAUCGACGCCCGGACUACCCAUUGCCACUCGAUGACGUACCUGCUUGUCCAUUCGGAGAUUCGUGCUACCGCCGCAAUCCCGUGCAUUUUGCACAAUUCUCUCAUCCUCCUUCAACUGAUUUCCAACAAAAUUGGAAAAUUCAUAAAAUGCGUUUGAGGCAACGAAAACAGAAGCUGGCGCUUAAGGAUGAUGUCGACGUUGACGCUGAUGUUGAUAAAGAAGAUUUUGGAAGUGAUUCAUCAGACGAAUUUGCUUGUGAAGAUGAAAAUGAAUCUGAUGAUAGUUAUGAUGGCGAUGAUGAUGUGGAUGACGAUGGUGAAGACGAUGAAGACAACUUUUAAAGCCUAAUCAAAUCAAUAAUAAAUUGGUGCUUAUUGUUAUUGCAAUUAAAAAUAAAAUAUUUUGUAUG